CACAAUGCAAUGCGGUGUUUUUUUUUUUUACAUCCGAGGUCACGACCAUGAAUGUCACUGGAUAAUCGUGCAGCAGUGUUUGAAUAGUUUAUAACAUUUCUAAAGGCAAUAUAGAUUUUUUUUAAACGUAUAAGACUACUUUAUGUUUUGACCGCGAGGUCUGCCACAGAUCAACAUGGCGGAAGAAGAGUUCACAGAUAUAAAUGGGAACUCGAUUUCUUUACAUUGUCAAACUCACUCCGCUUUCUGCAGAGAAUUUGCUGUUAACUCACCCAAAAUGUCGUUGCGCAAAGUGAUGGUGUACACCUGCUUCAUUUGGCUAUUUGCUUAUGCUGUAUUUUUCUUCACUGAGAACACUGCUGUCCUCUCGAGCGCCAUCAUCGUCACGCUGUUGGGUAUGAUCAUUCAUAUUCAUUUCGUGAAGGUGGACCAAGAGACGCUGCUUAUCAUUGGCUCCCUUGGUGUCCAGCUGACGUCAUCUUAUGCAUCUGGACGAGAAAGCACAACCUUCAUUGAGAUGAGCAAACUUAAAGACAUUGUCAUCAAUGAGGCCGUGUAUAUGCACAGUAUCAUUUACUACCUGUGCAUUCUGAUCAAGGAUCCAGCAGAUCCUGAGAAGGUGACCAGUGUUGUUCCACUUUUCCAGAGUUCAAAGCCUCGGCUGAAUUGUUUAGUUCACGUGUACAGAAGCUGUCAGGAGAUUAUUGCACAAUCCAGAUGAGUGUUUUUUUAAAACAGGAAGAUGAGAACACCUGUGAAUACCUACACCUACACUGCAAUCCUUUUUGUUAGAUACAUUGGUAACACUUUAUAAAUAAGGUUGUAUUUGUUAACAUUAGUAAAUGCAUUUGAUUUCUGUAUUAGUAAAUGCUAAAGUUAACCUGAAAUAAGAUUUUGUAUUAUUCACUGUUACUACUUUGUUAUACACUGCAAAAAGUAACUUUCUCACUAAGUAUUUUGUCUUGUUUUUAGUAUAAAUAUCUAAAAAAAAAAUCUUAAAUCAAU